AUGACAGUUGAUUCAUCUAAAACGAUUCCUGCAUUUUAUGCAGGACAAAGUAUAUUUUUAACGGGUGCAACAGGAUUUCUGGGAAAAAUGUUGAUUGAAAAAAUAUUACGAUCUUGUCCAGAUGUUCGUGAAAUAUUUCUGUUGAUACGUUCUAAAAAAGAAUUAACUAUGAAUGAAAGACUCGAGAAAUUAUUAAAUUUACCGUUAUAUGACAAAUUGCGCAAAGAGCAUUUUUCACGUUUUGAGAAAAUAAUUCCAAUUUCUGGUAAUAUCAAAGAGAAAGAAUUAGAUUUAUCGGUUGCGGACAGACAAAUGCUGAUUGAAAGAGUAACUAUAAUAAUUCAUGCAGCGGCGGAUGUGAAAUUUAAUAAUAGUUUAAAAGAUGCCAUAUAUAUUAAUACCAGAGCAACAAGAGACGUCUGUAUUUUAGCUCAAAAUAUGAAGAAUUUAAAAGCAUUAGUAUACAUUAGUACAGCAUUUGCACAUUUUAAUAAAAUAUACAUAGAAGAAAAAGUGUACCCACCAAUAGCUGAUUGGCGGAAGAUGAUCGAAAUAGCCGAGACGUUGGAUGAGCAUACUUUGAACAUUUUCAUGAUUAAAUGUUUGCAUUAUGCUCCCAACACAUAUAUUUUUUCGAAGAACUUAGCGGAGAGUGUAAUACAGGAAUAUUCUUCCUCCUUGCCUUGUGCGAUUGUGAGACCAUCUAUUGUGGGGCCAUCGCUAGACGAACCUUUUCCAGGAUGGAUAGAUAACAUUUAUGGUCCAAUGGGUCUUUUCCUUAUUGGUGGAAAAGGAUUACUACGAGUAAGCUACUUAAAUAAAAUUGCUGCAGAAGAUAUGAUACCAGUAGACAUUGUGACCAAAACUAUAUUAAUCGUUAUUUGGAAGCUGAAAUUAAUCACGUAUGAUCAUCAAUUUAUAUAUACGAGUCCUUCACCUUUUGUUUUGAAUUGUACAAAUCAACAACGCAGUACAUAUGAACAAGAUAUAAAGGAAUUACUUGAUAUUAUAAUAAAAGAUGUACCUUUCGAAGCAACUGUCUGGACACCUAAUACAAUAUUAACCAAUAAUUUUGUUCAAUUCUAUAUAUUGACAAUAUUAUUGCAUAUUCUGCCAGCUAUAUUAAUAGAUCUGGUUUUAAAAUUUUCUAGGCGUCAACCUAUGUUAUUACAACUGUUAAGAAGAAUAUACGUGGCCAAUUGUGCUGUGAGUUAUUUUUCGUUCCAUAAUUGGGAAUAUAGCAAUGUAAAUAGAUUGUCUCUAAUGUCUCUAAUACCACCUGAAAACUGGGAGGAAUUUUCUUUUGACCGUUUCAAUCGCAAAAAUUAUAUGAAACAUAGUAUCAAAGGUGUAAAAAAAUUUCUUCUUCACGAAGAUGUAAAUCUUCUUCAAUUGGAUGCAGUCAAAGCACGUAAUAAAAGAGUGUUUCUACUUGUUAGAGUGAUAAAAACUAUCAUCUCUAUCGGUAUACUUUGGAUUAUGUAUAGAUGGUCUUUUAUGCAUUAUAAAUAA